AUGGCUGACAACAAUGAAAGCAAUAAUACUGUGCAAGAGCUCAAAAGUAACAACAAAUGGUUCAAGUUUCCUCUCCUUGUUUUCUUCGAAGAUGCAAGGGCAGUGUUCAAGUUGGAUUCAAUUGGUCGGGAACUACUAGGAAUGGCAGUUCCAGCUGCCAUGGCUGUGGCAUCAGAUCCCAUUGCUUCUCUCAUAGACACUGCUUUCAUAGGCCAUAUAGGACCUGUGGAACUUGCUGCAGCAGGAGUGUCUAUAACACUGUUUAACCAAGCUUCAAGGAUCACCAUUUUCCCUCUGGUCAGUGUCACUACAUCGUUUGUGGCAGAGGAAGACACUCUUAAGAAAAUUUCAGACACUGAAAAAGGUUUCCCCAUCAAAGAGAAUAAUGAUAUUAACAAUAAUAUUGGUGAUGAUGAUGAGAGCGACACUGUGGAGAAGAAUAGUGAUAAGAAUAUCAACACAAAUACGUCCGAGUCUUCUUCCUUGGAUAAUAAGGCCAAGAAUAAGAGUGAGAAGAAGAAGAAGAAGGAGAAGAAACAGAUAGCUUCAGCAUCAACAGCGUUAAUAUUUGGGACAAUUCUUGGCCUCAUUCAAGCAUCACUCCUGAUAUUUGCUGCAAAACCUCUUUUACUUCUUAUGGGUGCCAAACCAGAUUCUCCUAUGCUGAUUCUUGGGGAAAAGUUCUUGAAACUGAGAGCACUGGGUUCUCCUGCUGUUCUUCUGGCUUUAUCUAUGCAAGGAAUCUUCAGAGGCUUCAAGGACACCACAACUCCCUUAUAUGUUAUUGUUAGUGGAUAUUCACUAAAUGUAGCAUUGGAUCCCAUACUUAUAUUUUACUGCAAGUUAGGCCUUCAAGGAGCAGCCUUGGCUCAUGUCAUCUCACAGUACUUGAUGGCAUUGGCUCUCUUGGUAUUGUUAAUGAGAAAAGUUAAUCUCUCACCUCCUAGUACUAAGGAUUUGCAGAUUUUUCGCUUUCUUAGAAACGGAGGGUUGUUGAUGGCAAGAGUAGUUGCAGUAACUUUUGUUGUGACAUUUGCAGCAUCAUUAGCAACAAGGUUGGGUCCAAUCACUAUGGCUGCCCACCAAACAUGCCAACAAGUUUGGAUCACUUCUUCCCUUUUGUCUGAUGGUCUAGCUGUUGCUAUUCAGGCGGUUUUGGCAUGUUCAUUUGCUGAGAAAAACUAUGCCAAGGCCAAAGCAUCAGCUGUAAGGAUACUCCAGAUAACUUUUGUGAUGGGAGUAGGGCUAUCUGUUAUUGUUGGCUUUGGUUUGGGCUUUGGAGCCAGCAUCUUCUCUAAAACCCCAAGUGUUCUCCACCUUAUCAAAAUAGGCUUUCCUUUUGUAGCAGCUUCACAACCAAUCAAUGCAUUGUCCUUUGUGUUUGAUGGUGUGAACUAUGGAGCUUCUGAUUUUACAUAUGCAGCAGUUUCCUUGGUAUUGGUUUCAAUUGUAAGCGUUGGAAUUGAAUUCCUGCUGUAUAAAGCCAAAGGGUAUAUUGGCAUAUGGAUUGGUUUGACUAUAUAUAUGGCUCUUCGCAUGCUUGCUGGAAUUUGGAGGAUGGGAACAGGAACAGGACCUUGGCGUUUUCUUAGAGGUUGA